AUGACUAAUGAAACUAAUAAUGCAAGUGUAGAAGGCGAUAAAAAGUUGUCUAAAAAAGAAUUGAACAAAUUGGCAAAGCAACAGAAGAAAGCAGAAAAGAAGGCUGAGUAUGCAGCUGAACAAGCAAAAGAAAACGAAAAACUGUUAAACGAAGAAGAUAUCUCCAGCGGUCUUUAUGGUAUUUAUGGGCUAAUACAGUCUGCUGAACGAAAAACGUUAAAUUUUGUCGAUGUUAAAGAUGUCGUAUUGGAGUUAAAUGGCCAGGAAAUUUGGGUGCGAGGCCGUUUGCAUACUUCGAGAGUAAAAGGGAAGACAUGUUUCAUUAUUAUUCGUCAGCGAACGUAUUCUGUACAGGGGAUGUUGUUUGUUGGUAAACAGAUCAGUAGAAAUAUGCUGAAAUUUGUUGCUAACAUUUCAAAAGAAUCUAUCAUUGAUGUCCGAGGUGUCGUGAAAGAAGUGGAACAGAAAGUUAGUAGCUGUACACAAAAAGAAGUUGAAUUACAUGUGACAGAGUUAUUCGUAGUUAGUGCUGCGGAACCACGUUUACCACUACAGAUUGAAGAUGCUGCCCGACUUAAAGUGGAAGAAAAAAAUGAAGAAGAGUCAUCUCUAUCUGUCGUUAACUUAGACACACGUCUAGAUAAUAGAGUGCUUGAUCUUCGCACACAAACUAGUCACGCUAUAUUUUCUAUACAAGAUGGUAUAUGUGAAUUGUUCCGAAACACUUUAAAAAAACGUGGUUUCUUGGAAAUACACACGCCAAAAAUCAUAUCUGCAGCAAGCGAAGGUGGUGCGAACGUUUUUGAGGUUUCCUAUUUCAAAGGUUCAGCGUAUCUUGCACAGUCUCCUCAGCUAUAUAAACAGAUGGCGAUUGCUGCAGACUUCGACAAAGUUUUUACAAUUGGUGCUGUCUUCCGAGCGGAAGAUAGCAAUACUCAUCGUCACCUAACAGAAUUUGUGGGUCUUGAUGUCGAAAUGGCAUUUAAAUUCCACUAUCAUGAGGUCGUUGAAACAAUUGGUGCCGUUUUUGUCGAUAUAUUUAAAGGUCUGCAGUCAAAUUUCCAGCACGAAAUUGAAACAGUUGGUAAACAGUACCCCUGUGAGCCUUUCCAAUUUAUUGAACCAACUCUUAUACUCAAAUAUCCAGCUGCAGUUAAAUUAUUACAAGAGAAUGGGGUGGAGAUUGGAGACGAAGAUGACUUAAGUACUCCAGUCGAGAAAUUUUUGGGCAGAUUGGUCAAAGAAAAGUAUCACACUGACUUUUACGUACUCGAUAGAUAUCCAUUAGCGGUUCGCCCAUUUUACACCAUGCCAGAUGCGAAUGAUUCAAAGUAUUCUAACAGUUACGACAUGUUCAUGCGUGGUGAAGAAAUAUUAUCCGGCGCUCAGCGAAUACAUGAUCCUUCUUUGUUAAUUGAAAGAGCUAAACAUCAUCAAAUUGACUUACAGAAGAUACAGGCCUAUAUUGAUUCAUUCAAAUAUGGCUGUCCUCCUCAUGCUGGAGGUGGUAUUGGUCUGGAGCGUGUAACAAUGUUGUAUCUUGGGCUUGGAAACGUUCGCUUAGCUUCUCUUUUCCCUCGCGAUCCAAAAAGAUUAACCCCGUAA